UGCCUCCUUCCAUCCUUCCUUCCCUCCUUCCUUCCUUCCCUCCUUCAUCUGCUCCAUUGGCAUCACCCUCAUCCUUGCCCUGAGGCCGGGGAUGGCGCCCUCGGCGGUGGCUGGGGAGCGGAGCAGGAGCAGGAGCAGGAGCCGGCUGAGCCCAGUGGGGCUGGCGGUGGUGCUGGGGCUGCUGCUGCUGCCCUUGGGGCUGGGGGAGGGAGAGGCUGGGGGAGCCCCCCCGGGCGGCUUCCCCGGCCCCGGCCUCCCUCCUCAGCACCUCCUUCGUCCUCAAAGGCGACGCCAUUCACAACCAGGCGAUGGUCCACUGGACGGGAGACAACAGCAGUGUAAUUCUGAUCCUCACCAAGUACUACCACUCUGAUAUGGGCAAAGUAUUGGAGAGUUCUUUGUGGAGAUCUUCAGAUUUUGGUACGCUAUAUACCAAGUUGAAUCUACAGCCCGGGAUUGCUACAGUCAUUGAAAAUUUCUACAUCUGCCCCACUAACAAAAAAAAGAUAAUUCUUGUAAGUUCAUCCCAUAAUGAUCUGGACCAGAGUCUUUUCAUUAGCACAGAUGAAGGAGCUACUUUUCAAAAGCACCCCAUUAGCUUCUUUGUGGAAACAUUGAUUUUUCACCCAAAGCAAGAGGACAAAGUGCUUGCGUACACAAAGGAAGGACAGCUUUAUGCAUCUCUUGACUUGGGGAUACAAUGGACACUCAUGCAAGAUCAUGUGUCAAAAGACCAUAUAUUUUGGGCUGUUGAUGGAGUUGAUGGAGACCCUAAUGUGGUUCACAUGGAAAUCCAAGAUCCCACUGGAGGUUUUCACUACAUGGCCUGUCAGCUUCAGAACUGUUCUGAUAAAACACUAAGAUCGCCCUUCCUUGGUAGCAUUGACAAGAACUCUUUGACAGUGCAGGAUAACUACAUAUUCCUCCAGACAUCAUCAGCAAACCAAACAAAAUAUUAUGUGUCUUGCCUUCGGAAUAAAUUCAUACAGAUGAAACUGCCAAAAUAUGCUUUGCCCAAGGAUUUACAGAUUAUCAGCACUGAUGAGAGCCAAGUGUUUGUUGCUAUCCAGGAGUGGUAUCAGACUGACACGUACAACCUCUACCAGUCUGACCCACAGGGUAUCUCCUAUUCCAUCGUGUUAGAGAAUGUCAGGAGCACAAAGCAACCUGAGGAAAACGUGCUAAUAGAUAUUCUGGAGGUGAGAGGGGUCAAAGGAGUGUUUCUGGCCAAUCAAAAGAUAGAUGGAAAAGUUACCACUCUGAUAACCUUCAAUAAAGGCCGUAAUUGGGACUAUCUUACACCUCCAGCUGUUGAUAUGAAUGGUAAACCAACUGCCUGCAAACCGCCUGAUUGCCACCUUCACCUCCAUCUCCGCUGGCCAGACAAUCCAUAUGUGUCAGGAAUGGUUCAUACCAAGGAUACAGCACCAGGACUCAUAAUGGGGGCAGGAAAUCUGGGUGCCCAGCUUGUUGAAUAUAAAGAAGAAAUGUAUAUAACAUCUGACUGUGGAAAAACCUGGAGGCAGGUUUUUGAAGAGGAACAUCACAUCUUGUAUCUGGAUCAUGGUGGAGUGAUUGUAGCUAUCAAAGAUACCUCUAUUCCACUGAAAAUACUCAAAUUCAGUGUGGAUGAAGGCCAAACAUGGAACACUCAUAAUUUCACUAGUACCUCAGUUUUUGUGGAUGGCCUACUCAGUGAACCAGGGGAUGAGACUUUAGUCAUGACAGUCUUUGGACACAUAAGUUACCGCUCUGACUGGGAGCUUGUUAAAGUAGAUUUCCGUCCAUUUUUCCCACGGGAAUGCACUGAUGAAGACUAUCAGCCAUGGGACCUGACAAAUCUACAGGGUGAACGCUGCAUCAUGGGUCAGCAAAGAAGUUUUCGUAAGAGGAAGAUUUCGUCAUGGUGUAUUAAAGGAAGAACCUUUAUGUCAGCACUCACUUCCAAAGUCUGUGAGUGUAGACCUUCUGACUUUUUAUGUGAUUAUGGGUUUGAACGUUCAGCAGUACCAAAAUCUGAAUCUAGUGCGUGCUUUGCUGACUUCUGGUUUAAUCCUGGAACGCCUCCUGAAGACUGUAUCCUAGGACAGGCCUACAGAAGCAGCACAGGAUAUCGCAAAGUGAUAUCUAAUGUAUGUGAGGGUGGUGUGGACUUGCAGCAAAAUACAUCUCAGCACCUGUGCCCACUGACUGCUCCCAAAGGACUACAGAUCAGCAUUAAAGGGGAAAGCCUGGUUGUUAAGCCUGGAGAAGAUGUCACCUUUAUUGUCAAACAAGAUCAGGGAGAUAUUUUAAAUACCAAGUACCAAGUGAAUCUUGGUGAUGGCGUUAAGGCAAUGUAUAUGAACCUCACAUUGACAGGGGAACCUAUUCUGCACCGCUAUGCAAAUCCUGGGGUUUACCGUGUCUCAGUGGUGGCAGAGAACGCUGCUGGCCGAGAUGAAGCAGUUGUGUUUAUUCAAGUUCAUUUUCCGCUACAGGCUUUACAUUUAGAAGUAGUUCCUGUUAUUGGCAGAAACCAGCAGGCGAACCUGUCAGCCGUCAUCCUGCCAAGGAAUGCAAACUUCACACUGUUUUCCUGGUGGAUAGGAAACAACCUUCAGCCAGUUCUUACACUGGAGAAUUUUUUGGUGACCAGUUUUGAAGAGGUUGGGGAAGUCAGAGUUACAGUCCAGGCUUCCUGUGGCAACUCUAUGCUCCAGGAUUCCAAGAUUGUCCGGGUUUUGGACCAUUUUCAAGUACUUCCAUUAAGAUUUUCUGAACAUCUGGAUGUGUACAAUCCAAACAUACCAGCCUGGCGGGAAGACAUUGGUCAUGUGGUAACACAACGGAUAGCAAAGGAAACAGGCAUACCUGAAGAAGGUCUUGUGACCGUGGUAAAACCUGGACUGCCCACAACAGCAGAUUUACAUGUUCUUCUCUCAAUGAACCACUUGAAAAGGAAAAGAACCAUGUCUACUGAUAAAAGAAUAGCUGCUAUUAAACAGUCUUUGAAAGCCCAUAAUAUCACUUUCUUCACAAGAGGAGGACAGUGGGUCUUUGUGACGUUAGAUGGCUCUGAUUCAGAUUCUCAAAGCAUUGGAGGAGGUGGAGGGUACUGGGCAAUAAUGGCCCUUUUUGUAAUCUCUCUGGUGGCUGUAGGAGCUAUCAUCCUGUACAAGUUUAAAAGGAAAUUACCAGGCAGAAAUGUCUAUGCCCAGAUGCAAAAUGAAAAAGAGCAGGAGAUGACCAGUCCGGUAAACCACAGGGAAGAUACCCAAAACAUCAUCCAAGGGGAGGAAUUCAUUGAUGAUGAUCUUGACUGUCAAACCCUAGGAAAUGCAAGAGUGGCUCCUUCUGGGAGAGGUGGAAACUUGAACAGCUACAGAGUUCCCUUAUUGCUGAUGGCAGUCAGUGUCCAGUCCCAGGCAAUCUCUCAGGCGUGGUUCUGAGUAUUAAUUCAAGGGAGAUGCACAGUUACCUGGUUAGCUGAUGUUCACAACUGAAUUCGUAGACAAGACUCUUCCACUGCUGGAUUCCUCCUUUCCCCUCUGAAGACCUAACUAAUUGUGGGAAGCAGAUUCUUAAAUUGUCUUGACAUUAGGUACAGCCAUGUGUUACUUGGAGAGAAAGUUAAUACACUUUGUGUUCAUGGCUAUUGACUUUUGCUUUUUUACACCUCAAACUAAAAUAGCAGAUCUGUAGUCCUAGGCACACGUGCAACUACUUUUCUAUCUUUUGUGUCCCUUUAUUUCUGUAUGUUCAUUUAAUCAAAUGCAUACAGCACUUAGCUCACUGUGGCAGCAUCAAGUAGAAAGCUGUAAUUCUUGAGCCAUGAAGACUGGCUAACAAAGCGGCUGGCAAGGUGAAGCAGAAAUCUAGUUGAAGGUUGGGAAUGUUUUCCAAUUUUAAAGAGUGACUGCUGGAUACUGAUGUGAUACAGCUGAAGAAUUCUGAACAGAUGCUGCCAAGAGACAUGCUGAGUACUCCCUAGGAUGCCUCUCUGAGACUCAAUGCAAGCCUGGGCUACAAAACCGUGUUAACAACAUAAAUAUGAGAAAGCGUAUGAAGUUUCUUGUACUGUUCACCUUGCUACCAAGAAGCUCCCUGCCUUGUUUUGCUCCCAGACCAAGUUCUUUCCUUACCAGACACCAUCUACCCUGAUUUAGGAGGGCACCACUAGACUGAUUAGUAGUUUGCAACCCACGUAAUUACAUUGUAUUCAGCUUGGGCUGCCUUACCUUGUUUUGGUCUCCAGAACAGCAAGUGUAAUUACUUUAUUUUUAAAUUUCUGUAACCGUUUUUGGUGUCUUUUUAAACUUUCUAUUUUUAUAGCUAUACAAACAUUCCUGUCUCAGGAUAGUGCUGUCAAAGCAGCAUAUUUGGAACUCGUUGUUUUAUUCUUUUUCCUAUUUCUACUGUGGAGCUGAAGAAACUGAAAAUAUCACUGCCUUGGAUGUGUUUGACAAUCUGGUUAAUUAAAUUGGAGAAUUAAUUCAAUUUAAAUGAUUGCACUUUCUCAGUUUUACCCCCUCGGUAUCAUGCCUCAUUCAUCAGAGUGGAGUUGAAAAGGACAAUUGUCUCAUGUUAGAGUUGUUGUUAUUUGGAAGCUGUGCAAGUUUAGUUUUGUGAUUGCCUGUUCUACCCCUAGUAGCUUAGUGGAGGCAAAAAUGGCAAAGCUGCAGCUAGAGUGGUGGCAUUUGUUCUGAGAGUCAUGUGUAAGAAGUGAAUCACAAAGCUUCCUGGAAUAGUGCACUGAGCAUCUUUCUAAUAAUCUCACCAUAUCUACCAGAGUGACCCUGAUACUUUUUAGCAGGGGUUACUGAACACCAGUAGGCAACCAAGCAUUAAAUAAGAAUUAAUUGUGCAACACUUAUUGUAUGUAUUGGAUGGCAGUAUCUCCAAGAUGCUAAUGUAUUCUUUCUGUUGAAAGCACAUCCCAUUUUGUCUUGUUGUAUUUUGCUCACCUACAAGCACUAAGGCAAAUCCUGCAGAACUAUGUCAAGCACAAUGCAUUCAGGAACUGACUGUCCAAGUGGAUGAGAAUACUGCUGGGAAUCAAUGGCAAGUCUUCUUUGCCACCUGCCUCAGGAUCUCUGUUUGUCUUUGUCCAUGCAGCAAAUCUAAUUGCCCUGCACAUAAGCUGAUAGAAGAGUGACAUCUAUCUCCCUGCUGCCUUACCUGUACAGAAGAUAAAACAGCGGUUGAGGAAACUCUGGGCACUAAAGAGUCUCAAGGACUUCAAAGAAGGGAAGGGUUCUUCGGAAAGUAUAUGUGCUUUGGAAUCCCUGGAAUUCUUGAAUUAAGGGACUGAUCUCUUUGGUUUAUGGCUUAUCUGUUGGCAAGUGGGGAAAAAGCAUUACAAGAUGUGGUUGGAAGAAGCCUGUCCACCAGGAUGGAGAGAAUUUUGAGAAAAUUUAGAAACCCAGUGGGAAAGGUAUGCCACCUAGGGUUUGGAGCCCAUGUCCCUGCAGACUGAUCAGUUUUACAACUCUAGCAGAAAGGAAUCUUAUUUACACUUAAUAGUGUUACAUGGAACAGUUCUGAGAGAAUUGACUUAGGAGGGGAACUUUGUACCAAGUGCUAAUCAGUCAGCUGGUUUCCAGUGAUAACAAAUUUAAUUCUGGAAUUUUAGUUUUGCCUAAAGUGAAAAUCUUGCUUCUAAUCUUCAAGCGGAGAACCCCAACCCGGAUGCCAUUGAAUGGAAAUUCUCAUACAACCCACAAAUCAAAAUAAGGAGUUAUUUUGGGGCCUACAGCUUCUUUAAAUGCAUCUUCCUGUUUUUGUAAGUAUGGCUCAUGGUGCUUGCUUCUUAGUCAAGACAAAGGCAAGAGAGGCAGCUGCUCUUGCCCCUAUGUCUUUUCAGUUUGUCAGAAACAUCUAAGGAUACUGGCAUAUCUGGUCGGUCACCGUAUCUGCUUGAACCGAUGGUGUGAUAAGGAAUUUCAGGUGGCCAGAUUUAGGAUUGCUCUUUGACGGCUUGGUACCCUGAAGAUGUGUUAGGCUACAACUCCAGCCAUUCCCAGCCACCAGGGCCAUUGGCUAUGCUGGCUGGGGUUGAUUGGGGUUGUAGUCCAAUACUUGACAAGAGCGUUAGGCUGGGAAAGACUGUUUAAGGGUUGUGUAAAGAGUACAGGAUUUCAUAAAUCCAAGUGUUUCUCAGUUUAAACUGAUGAGAAAGACAUCUUGUCUCAGGUGUGCAGGUUGGUUUCAUGGGUAAAUUGUUUCUUUGUUAAUAAUUUGAAGAACUAUGUUUGUAUAUCAGUCCUAAAUUAGCAGAUCAAAAGCCUCAUGACAAGAAAAUGAUGAAUAGGUAACUUAAUACAACUGCUGCACUUACUAAUUGGUGCAAAUUCCAUCAAGAUUAAUUGCUUUUAAUUGCUCUCCAUUUCAGUGGGAGAAUGCUUCUGUGGGAUUGUAACCUUGUUAAUGCCCUACCACUUAGACAAAAGUGGUUUGCGGGGAGGGAGAGGAAUAUCUAGCACAGAUGGACCACAACCGGAGACCUUCUCCAGUGUACCAGUCAAUAUACAGUCACUAAAAAAUGCUUGAAAAUGGAAAGAAGGGGCUUCCAGUGUCAUGGUAAUAACAUUAAACAAACAAACUUUUGUAGAUGCAAAAGCAUCUGCCAGUAGCCACCUCUGUGUACUAUUGCUGUUAACCUGUCGGGGACAUCUGCUCCUUAAUAUUUUGUUACUUUUAAAAAGCUUAAGCCAUGGGGGAGCUCCUGAAAUAGGAAAUUCUCAUAAUAAAACAACAUCAAAGUUUAACAUCAAAGUUAAAACGUGCUGUUUCCAACUUAUUGGCAAAGAAAGGGGGACUGUCCUUUCUUUUCCUAGCAGGAAAUCUUGUUGAACUUAGCUUGAAUUUACUUUCAGGUUACACGGUUUGCUACUAAUGCUUCUUCUGCUUUCUGGCUCAGGUCUAAUCACGGUUGAUAAGUGAAGUGUAGGAGGAACAGGUUGUGGCUCCACAUCAGUCCUGGAUGAUGUAGGAGGGAAAUGCCAAAGUACUCAGUUCUGGAAAGGUAGAUGCCAAGUGUAGUUAAAAAUACCAUUGCUUCUGGGCUAUAAACCCUCCCAUCUUCAACUAUGCUGGCAUCAAAUUCCCAGAUUUAGGGAAUUGAUCUUGGUAGCAUGAGACUUUGUUUUGGUCCCAGUUGGCAAUGAACUGUGUUGACAGCACUUUAUAAUAAUGGAGAAUUAAUCUUUUCAGGUGGCAUUUAAUGUAAUAGCCAUCUGACUAUUGGACCUGGCAGCUGUAAAGAGUUUCUGUUCAUGCCUGGCAGGGAAUGACAAGUGAUGCUUCUCCUCCUGGAGUCUCUCCCAGUCUCUAGGAGGGGAUCUAUAAUUUUCAUCAGUGUCUCAGUGCAAGCCAAGACCUAUGUGAUAUUUCUAAAUUCUCCAUUGCUCUAGUGUGCUAUUCCCAUCCUUCCCCCCCCCCCCAAAAUAAUUUGAGCAGCCUCUGUUAAGGAUUCCAUCUGGUCACUGCCUACAAAAAGAAAAGCACACUAGAGAGGCCCUGCCAGUUGCUUCAUGUUUAUGGAAUUCUUUCCCCCUGAAGGUUUUCCAGAAACCUGCCCUGAGCACAUUUUGGAAACUGUGAUUAGUCCUGCAAAAAUUAGGCGUGUCUAAAUGGGGGCCUUCAGCAUUUUGUUGUGCAUUUUCAUUCCAUUGUUUUCAGUGGGACUUGGAUGGACACACCUAGCUUUCCUUGGAUUGCAUCCAUUGUGUAUAUACACUUUGGGCUUUGGCAAGCAUUAAGAAUGAGAUGGGUGUGUUUUGAUGGAGUAGGUUUUAUUUUGUUAAGUCUUCUUCUCCUGCUUUUGGAGUUCAGUCAUCACUAUGUAAGAUAAAUGUUUCCAAAAAUGUUAUAUACUGUGGAAUUGGUGAUGAAAAUUACCUGAGUUUUACUACUUACUUCUCCUGUAGACUAUCGUACUCUCCAACUGUCCCAAUUUGGCAGGGAUAGUCUCAGUUAAUCCUUUGUCAUUACACUUUUCAACUGCUUUUAAAAUGUCUCAGUUUCUUUCUUCUCUUCCCACUUCCCCUUUUUCCUUAGCUUACUUCAUUUGCUGCAAGCUGAGUUCAGGGUGCAAAAGUAGUUGGCAUUCUCUUAACUCAGCAGAGUGGAGAGGAGGGAGCUGAGUCUUGCUGUUUUUGGUUGCCAUAAGCUGGAAAUGACUUGGACGAAGCAAGCUUGUUUUCUGCUGCUCCAGAGAUUAGGACAUAGUGCAAUGGCUUCAAGCUACAGGAAAAGAGA